AUGGAAGUAGAUAUAUCGGAAGCCCGAGCAACCUUUGAAACCAACUUUAUUGCAGUUAUCCGCAUGUGUAAAACCUUUCUUUCACUCCUCAUGAAGGCCAAUGGUACCAUUGUGCAAAUUGGGUCAGUUGCAGGUGUCAUUCCUUAUGUUUUUGGCUCAGUUUACAAUGCCUCCAAAGCUGCGCUGCACUCGUUUAGCGAUUCCCUACGUGUGGAAUUAGCACCAUUUGGGGUGAAUGUUACCACAGUUAUUACCGGCGGUGUACAGUCUCGCAUUGCCCGCGUCGAACGUACUUUAGUACCCAAUUCGCUGUAUGCUCCAAUUGAAGACGAGUAUAAUCGCCGUGUGACACACAGUCAGGAUGGCGCGAUGCCGCAUGCGGCAUAUGCAAGGAGUGUUGUCGCACAAGUUCUAUAUGGACCUGCACCAUGGCGUUGGCUAUGGCCAUGGGCAAAGGGCCGAAAGAGUUGGAUUUGGGAAGGCAACAAAAGCUGGCUGGUCUGGUUUUUGACUGGGGGCUGGGCGUGGACUGGCUUGUUCCAACGCAUUAUGGUUAGAAUGUUCAAGCUGAAUAAGCUACACAAAAAGUUCGCUCGCGGCAGACCGAUUGCGGCAGCUUUCAGAGCUGCGACGGGGACAUCCGUUCCGUCCCGCCUGGGCGGCCAGCAGAGAAACCUGUCUAUUCAUGAAUAUUUAUCUGCGAACCUCCUCAAGUCGUAUGGUAUCGGAAUGCCUAAGGGCGAGGUUGCUCGCACGGCAGAGGAAGCUGAAGCCGUUGCCAAAUCCCUCGGUAACGAUGACAUGGUCAUCAAGGCACAGGUCCUCGCUGGUGGCCGUGGUAAAGGCACCUUUGAUAAUGGCCUCAAGGGCGGUGUGCGUGUCAUAUAUUCGCCUACCGAAGCCAAGAUGUUCGCUAGCCAGAUGAUCGGCCGGAAACUUAUUACGAAACAAACUGGCGCUGCUGGCCGUCUCUGUAACUCGGUGUACAUCUGCGAGCGCAAGUUUGCUCGCCGCGAGUUUUACCUUGCUGUUCUCAUGGAUCGUCAGUCUCAGUCCCCAGUAAUUGUUGCCUCUUCGCAAGGUGGAAUGGAUAUCGAGGCUGUGGCCAAGGAGAGCCCCGAAGCUAUUAUUACCACCCCCAUUGAUAUCAAUGUUGGCGUGACCGAUGCCAUUGCCAACAAGAUUGCUACUGAGCUAGGCUUCUCUGAACAGUGCAUUCCGGAGGCCAAGGAGACUAUUCAGAAAUUGUACAAGGUCUUUAUCGAGAAGGAUGCUACCCAGAUUGAAAUCAACCCUCUGUCGGAGACUUCUGACCACCAAGUCAUGGCUAUGGACGCCAAAUUGGGCUUUGAUGACAACGCAGAAUUUAGACAGAAGGAGGUGUUCUCGUGGAGAGACACCACUCAGGAAGAUCUCGACGAGGUCAAGGCUGCCGAACACGGAUUGAACUUCAUCAAGCUCGACGGCGAUAUCGGAUGUUUGGUCAACGGUGCCGGCCUUGCCAUGGCCACUAUGGACAUCAUUAAGCUUAACGGUGGCAGCCCCGCCAACUUCCUCGACGUUGGUGGUGGUGCUACCCCAGCUGCUAUCAAGUCCGCUUUCGAGCUUAUCACUAGCGACCCCAAGGUGUCAGCUAUCUUCGUCAACAUCUUCGGAGGUAUCGUUCGUUGCGACGCCAUCGCCCAGGGUUUGAUCAACGUGGUGCAGGAGAUGGGCCUGCGUACUCCUAUCGUCGCUCGUUUGCAAGGCACCAAUAUGGAACAAGCUCACAAGCUGAUCAACGAAUCCGGUCUCAAAAUCUUCUCUAUGGAGGACCUCCAGAAUGCUGCUGAGAAGUCAGUUCAAUUCUCGAAGGUCGUCAAGAUGGCCCGUGAAAUCGACGUUGGUGUCGAGUUCACUCUCGGAAUUUAA